AUGGAAAACCCGAGCUCAACCCAAGGAAAUGAGCAAGCAUUUGACCCAGAGGUGCUCACAAAUGCUUUUGAUCAGUUCAAUUUCUCUCAAAAUUCUAUUUGGGGGAACUAUGAUCAAGAUAAUAAUUUCCAAGACCAAGAUUUAAGCUUACAACAAACCAUUUUGACUCAGAAUGGGUAUGGAAUUUCAAAAGGAGAUGACGAAGAUAGUAGUACUUUUCAUUACAAAUAUUCGAAUCAUGAAUCGUACUCUAAUAAGUCUCACUCACCUCAGUCAUUCUCACAAAAGCCUUUGAUAUCCAAUUCAGGGCUUGCUGGGAGCCAAGAAUAUUUGGAAAUGAACAAGAAUGAGCUUCAAAAUUCUCUCCAGCCUCUUGAUGCACAAGAGCUAAAGAAGAGUAGGUCUAGCAAUAUGGCUGCUUGUGGAAUUUCUGUUCCUCACCAACUCCAGAGGAAUGGGACACUCCAGAACACUCCAAGUCCAACAGGACAGCACAGAAUUUCUCCAAAGAUGAUAUCUGACCAAAAAGGAGGGAAGAGGCAAAGCAUGCUUAAUAAAUCAGGCAGAGUCUUGACCUGUGUUGUAGUACCAAUGGACCCUGAUGUCAAGCCAUAUCAGAUCAACAUUAAGGUGAAGGGAAAUGAAACAAGCCUAAAGCAAGUCUUUACAGAGGAUUAUUUUUAUUGGAAAAAAGUGUUCAAAGGAUAUUCUCCAACUGAGCCACCAGGUUAUAGUGUUUACAGAAAGCAACUUAAAGGUGAUCAAUACCCAAAUCAAAUCCUUCAAGUCUUACUUCUUAAAUGUGAGGGUCAUAAGUUUCCAAGGAACCCAAAUGCUCACCCAUUUGAGCUUCAUUGUGAGACUUUGUUCUAUGGGCCUUUGGUAGUUGCCAUAAAUAUGAAAGAACAGCCAUAUUCUCUAUGCGAUUUCUCAUUGGAAGAUGUAGAAAACCUUCAUGAAUUGAACAAAGAAUUUGAAUUAGAGAAGCCUCAGCCCCUCGAUUUAAAGAACUAUAAAAAGUGUGUCCCAGAGUACCAUCUCCCAGAUCCUCUAUUGAACAUUGACGUAGCUGAAGAAAAUGCAAAAAUGAGAUUUGUGUUUGAUUAUUUUAACAAAAAUUGCUCUAAAAGAGAGCAGUUGAAUAUGAGGCCAGCUCCAGUAAACUUAGAAGAUAUGAUGACCAAGUUAGACAAGGAGUCCUUUUACAUUUACAGGUUCAAAACAGAGAUGUGCCCUCAUAUUAAUAUGAAGCAUAAUUACAAGGACUGUCUCUAUUUCCACAAUAUGAAGGAUUACAGGAGAAAGCCAGACUUUAUUAGGUAUUACCCAGAGAAUUGAGUUAAUGGGACAAAUUGUCCAAAUAAUCCAUUUUGAGAUAUGUCACAUUCAUUAUUUGAGUCACUUUAUCAUCCUUUGAAGUAUAAGGUGAACAACUGAGACAAAAUGGUUCACGACAUGCAGAACUCUGUGGUGGUUUGCAUUAGAGGAGACCGAUGUGCUUUUUAUCAUGAUGAAAAUGACAGGAGAAAAAUUGCAAGCAAUGGAUGCAAACUUAAUGUUAAUGAAGAAGAUAUUAAAUCAUCCUCGAAGGGUACUAAUACUAAAUUUCAGAAUCAGAAAUUUGAACAGAAGAGAUUCGCCCCUUUUUCUCCAUUCGAGGAGGUAUCAUCAGAUGUAGAUGUUUAUCAGAGAAAGCAUGCAAGGACUGACUAUAUGAUGAAUCCAUUACCUUCUCUUUCAAGGCCAGUCGCUGUUGGUGUAUCACAAAGGACUAGCCAAUUCGGAGAGAACUCUUCAAAUUAUAGUUUUAACCAAAAUUCUCAUAUGGACAGUCAUCAUUUUGAUUCAGGGAAUAUGAAUCAAAUUCAGUACAAAAUAUCUCCAUCUGAGAGAGAAUCUUAUAGAGACUCACCUGAGAUACCUCAAUGUGCUUCUGAUAGCUACAACACGCCUAUCUACAACAAUCAUUUAUUUGAUGGAAAUACUAUUCCAUCAAGGCAACACUCUUACAGUGAAAAUGCGGCAUAUCCUUUUAAUAGACAGUAUAGUAGAGGAAAUUUUAUGCCAAUGUAUAGUCCCAUGGAUGUAAAAGGGAGACCUAACUACUCAGUUAAAUUUAACAAUCCUUCUCCAAGUUAUGAACGCCAUACAAUGGAGUCAACUACUCCUUCAAGCGAGAUGCUAGGAAACCAAUUUUCGGGCAAAAUUGAGGCUGAUCCAUUCAAAUAUCUCUCAAAUGAGGGAAAUCCUUAUGAGAGAAGAGCAGAUUCCUUGAAAUAUUCAGCUCCUCCUGGCUUAUCAGGAAUCAAAUACAAAGUCCAUCAAGGAUCUGACAGAAGCGACUCUAGAUCCCAGAAUGGCUUUGCUGAACAGUUGAACGAAAAACUCCAAUCAAACCAGAUUUAUAAAACUCAGAGAAAAAUCACUGAAGAUCAUGAAUUUGAGAAUAUAUCUCAGAAAAGCUAUCAAGAAGACAAUGCAUCAAAGCCAAAGAGAUCUAAGAUGUGCAAGAACUCAGUUGGAUUUAUUCCUAAGCAUCUUCGUGAUGCUCCUCAGGCUGCCCUUCCUGAUGAAAUCACAGAUUUUGUUGACAAUUUGUUCAGCUCUAGGAAGGCAUCUAGAGCUGAUGAGGAAGAAGUCAACCCGACUGCUCCUACUGAGCAGGAGAAACUCAUCGAGCAAGAUUUUAACAAACUAAUCGACGAGUAUUAGCUUUGUUUACUAUGCUUUCUUUUUGUAUCGCCCUCUAGUAGCAGGGCGAAGUUUGAUUAUUUUGACAUUUUAAUUCAAAUUCU